UAUAAAAGUUAUAUUAAUUAAAAAAUAAUAAAUUAAUUAAGCUAAUAAAAUGUCUUAAUUAAUUACUUGACCGAUUGAAUUUAGGGUUGGGAAUUAAAUCAGAAGACAGACCCGUUCUCCUUCACCUUCACGCGAAUAAAUCAGAAUCGAUUGAGCCUCUGCCUCGACGCGAGUUCACCGUUCAUCUCACUUUCGCCUCCUUCCUUCACCUUCGCCUCUUCCGUCACUCGUCGGAGUCGCUUCUCUCACUCGUUGGAGUUGCGAUAGGACUGUGUGAAGAUGGUUAUGUCUGAGGAGGAACUCACUAGGCUGUACCGAAUUCGGAGGACUGUGAUGCAGAUGCUGAGGGACAGAGGAUACAUGGUGGGUGACUUUGAAAUCGAGAUGACGAGGAAUCAGUUCCUCGAGAAGUUUGGGGACAGUUUCAAGAGGGAGGAUCUUUUUAUAAUGAAAGGCAUGCGCAACAAUAGCUCAGAGCAGAUCUAUGUGUUCUUCCCUGAUGACCAGAAGGUUGGUGUUAAGACAAUGAAGACUUACACCAAUAGGAUGAAAGAGGAAGGUGUUCAUCGGGCAAUUUUAGUUGUCCAGCAGAAUUUAACUCCUUUCGCUCGUGGCUGCAUAAGUGAAAUAUCCUCAAAAUUCCAUCUGGAAGUUUUUCUGGAGGCCGAGUUGUUGGUCAACAUAAAAGAUCAUGUUCUUGUCCCAGAACAUCAGCUGCUUACACCUGAAGAAAAGAAGACUUUGCUGGAAAGAUACACUGUGAAGGAAACCCAGUCAUUUACUGUGUUUUCUUAUCUUCCUCUUGACAACAUGUUUCCUAAUGCUUCUAUUGGACCACAGCUGCCUCGUAUUCAGAUAACUGACCCGAUUGCCAAAUACUAUGGGCUGAAGCGCGGACAAGUUGUGAAAAUUAUCCGGCCCAGUGAGACUGCUGGACGCUAUGUAACUUACCGAUACGUGGUUUGA